UUCCUCUCAGCCUCAACGCAUCGUUUUCCAGCUGCAGAUCCCCGAACAGAGAGCCUCCCCUGCUCCCUCUCAGUCUAGGAAGCUCUUUGAGGAGACCUACAGCAGCUUUCUCCGACUCUGCGCCUCUGAAAAACGGCCGCCUGGCUUUGCCUGUGUGAUCCACAGCUGCGAUAACGAGCUGCAGCUCCGAUCUUCUCUGAGCGCUGGAGACGCCAGGAUCUGUGUUGCACUGCUGCCUGCUGUGAUAAAUGCUGGUCCGUGCUUUAAAGAGGAGCUGUGAAGGAGUCCUAGUCUGACAUGUGGAGGGAAGACUGUGUGCUGGAACCAGGGAUUGCACUCUGAGGAAGAAGUUACCUUCAUGUAAAACUACACAACCUGCAAGACCCACGUCCUCAUCGGUGUUGUCUUUGCUGCAGUUGUCAAAAUGGCGCUUGAUCGGUAGCCCUUUGCUACUUGUUUGACGUUUGUCCUUCUCCCAAAGCCUUCGUACUGCUGACAAUACUCAGAUACACCUCACUUCAAUCAGACAAACCACUCCCUGCAAUGGAUCGCCUGUGUCCGGGUGAAGGCGUGAGCCGGACGCAGGCCCUCAUUGGCAAACUGUAGCCAUCUGGAUUCUGUUCAGCUUGCUUCCCGUGAUUUUAUUCUGGAGUUACUCUUUAUUUGGACCAGGGAUGGAUGUACCGGAAGCCAGCAAGCAUGGCAAGAAGUCGACAAGUCAAAAGCUGGAGGACCAGAAAAAGAUUUACACAGACUGGGCCAAUCACUACCUAGCCAAGUCUGGCUGUCCACGCCUCAUCAAGGACCUGAGCCAGGACGUCACCGAUGGAGUCCUGCUGGCACAGAUCAUCCAGAUCAUAGCAAAUGAGAAGGUGGAGGAUAUCAAUGGCAGCCCCAGGAGCCAGUCGCAAAUGAUCGAGAAUGUGGAUGCCUGCCUCAGUUUCCUGGACGCCAGAGGAGUGAAUGUACAAGGGCUCUCAGCAGAAGAGAUCAGGAAUGGCAACCUAAAGAGCAUCCUGGGCCUCUUCUUCAUCCUGUCUCGCUACAAGCAGCAGCAGCAACAGCAGCAGCAGUACUACCAGUCCCUGGUGGAGCUCAGCCAGCAGACCAGCAGCACCACACCAUCCGCCAGCAGCCUCAAGACACAAGAGAUGCAGUCCAGUCUCACAGCACGAUAUGCAAGUCCUCCGGGCCAUGGUGGGAUAGGGUCACCGCAGAAGAAAAACACAAGGUUACCAGGGCCCUCCAGAGUACCUGCUGCAGGCAGCGGGGCAUCCAGGAGCCCAGGCUCAUCCAACCUCAACCGUCGGAGCCAGAGCUUCAACAGCAUCGACAAGAGCAAGCCUCUUCAGUAUGCCAGUGGCAAUGACAGAGAGGCAGUGAGAGGCAUCCCAGUACCCAGUGGGAUGAAUGGGAGUGGUAUCGGUGGGAUGGUUCCCACCAGCCUCAGUGGGCAGCAGCUGGCCUCUGCCAUCCCUUCACCCACAGCUGGCAAGUCGUGGCGCAGCAAGUCCAUGAACCUCAAGCACAGCGCGACUUCAUCCAUGCUGGCAAGCCCUACGCACACACCUUCCACCACUCCAUCGCCUCAGGCCCCGGAAGGCCUUCAGCAACAUGGAAGUGAUGGGUCAAAAGUAGGCUCAGGUGUUGCACCUCCCCAGAGGUCAAUGUUGGAGAAGUUCCGCCUAAUUAACCCGAGAUCCGCUUCAAGAGCGUCACCAUCUAUGGCGGAAAUGGCUCUACAGGAGGAAGAUGACCUGUCGGAGUACGGUGAAGAUGGAUUGACGCCCACGGGGUCGGUGUGCAGCAGUGGUAGUAGCAGUGCUACAGCCAAACAGAUGCCAACAAAGACCCCCACAUCAUCCUUCACUGCACCGACCAAAACGUCCUCAUCCUCCUCUUCAUUUUCAAAGGCUUCUGUAAAUGGCAGCAGGUCCAUGGCCCCAAGCAAAGACAAGGAGGACAAAAGCAGGUCUGGGAAAUCUGGGAAGGACAACUCCCCACCCAAAGAGGAGCGCGAGACGUUUGGCGACUCUAGCAAGAAAUCCUCCAAAAUCGCCAGCCUCAUCCCCAAGGGAGGGAAGUCAUCAUCGGGGAAGAAAGACGGCGGCACCCCUUCGGCUUCCAGCGGCAUCCCAAAGCCAGGACUUAAAGCUCCCUCCACAACAACGGCAAAGCCUCAGGGUCAGUCCCAGACCCAAAACCAGGCCGCUUUAAACAGCAGCGGCAACAUGCGAGCAGGAGAUGGGGAGAGAGCCAAGCUGACGAAAGGAGGACAGGGUGGGAGUUUUUACAUCCAGCGCUCCAUUGGGGCCCCAGAGGGCAAACGGACCAGCAUGACGUCGUCCACCAGCACCUCAGCUCUGUCCGGGUCUAGUGGGAUGCUAGGGGGAGGAGGUGGAGGAGGAGGUGGAGGAGCACUUGGAGGGAAUGGAGUAGUUCAGCUUCCUCAGCAGCAGCAGCACAACCACCCCAAUACUGCCACUGUGGCCCCCUUCAUGUACAGGACAUUCUCAGAAAAUGACUGCACCAUGGUGGCCCCAGCCGACCCCUGCCUCAGCCCCACCAAAGGAGAGCUAGUCUACAGCAAGACAGCCAAACAGUGCCUGGAGGAGAUAUCAGGAGAGGACCCUGAGACAAGACGUAUGAGGACAGUGAAGAACAUCGCUGACCUGCGGCAGAACCUGGAAGAAACCAUGUCCAGUCUACGGGGGACACAGAUCAGCCACAGUACGCUAGAAACCACCUUUGACACCACGGUAACCACUGAGGUCAAUGGGCGGAGUAUACCAGCCCUCGCAGCCCGCUCCUCACCCAUGGCCUGGCGUCUGGGCCAAUCACAAACCCCACGACUCCAGGCAGGCGACGCCCCCUCAAUGCCCAGUGGCUACGCUGCGCCCAGGGCAGGCACAACGGGCGCUGGCACCACCACAGGGCGCUACAGUGGGCACUCGGACCCCUCCAGGUUUGUGUACAGCGCCACCCUGAGGCGAGCAGCAGCAGCAGCAGGGGCUAAGGGGGCGGAGCAGGGAGAGAAGGGAGAAGGAGGGCUGGAAGGAGGGAAGCAGAUGGAGGUGGCAGGGUACAUGAGUGAUGGGGACAUCCUAGGGAAGAACAGCCGGAUGGAUGUGAUCACCAGCGGAUACCUAACAGACGGUGGUCUCCAUCUGUAUGCACGGAACGCAGGCCGAGCCUCAGACGUGGCCUCUUCUCGGGAAAUAUCCCAGAGAGGAAGUAAAGAGAUGCAGGGUGACAUCGACAGUUGGGAUGACAGCAGCUCAGUGAGCAGCGGCCUCAGCGACACAUUGGACAACAUCAGUACCGAUGAUCUGAACACACCUGCAUACUCCGCCGUCGGCUCUUCACGCAAAAGCAAGGGAGCACAGUCCCAGAAAGGAAGCCGGUCCAAGCAUGCCGAGCAGGAGGUGAGCAGCAGUUGGGCCGGAGCCGAGGACCUGAAGAAGGUGGAGGAGGAGCUGGACGCAAGCAUGGAUCCCAGCAGCGGCUCCUCUCGCUGGAAGCCUUCCUCGUCCUCCUCUUCCUCCCAAACCCAGGGCCAGUAUGAGGACGCCGGUCAGAAGGCGGCUGCGUUGGCCCAGAUGUCCCAAACAGGUUCGUGGAGGAGGGGCAUGACUGCCCAGGUGGGCAUCACACCACCCAGGACCAAGGGUACCUCUGCUGCCCUCAAAACACCAGGCAAAACUGAUGAUGCUAAGGCCUCAGAGAAGGGAAAGGUGCCUUCCAAGAGUUCAGCUGGCAUCCAGCGCUCGCCCUCAGAUGCUGGGAGAAGCAGCGGAGAUGAAGGCAAGAAACCCCCUUCUGGUAUUGGACGCCCCCCCACCACUGGCUCCUUUGGUUACAAGAAGAUCCCAGGUCCCACUGGCACACUAAUCACCUCCAGUGGUGCAACACUCGCCAGUGGAUCAGCCACCCUUGGAAAAGCACCCAAAUCAUCAGCUGGCCUGGGCAAAGGCACAAGCAUCAGCGGUGUGCGCAAGACCAGCUUGGAUGGCUCACAGCCGCAGGAUGAUGGCAUUCUGCUCAGCUGCAGUGGCUCCAAAGUGACCCUGCAGUACCGCUCUCUCCCCAGACCAGCCAAAUCCUCCAGUGGGGUGGCAGCAGGGCGCAGCGGGCAUCGCUCCAGCUCCAGCAGCAUCGACUCAAAUGUCAGUGGCAAGUCAGCUGGUGGAGCAACAACGCAAGCCGGUGCCAAACGCAGGGAUGGAAAAGUAGGCUCAGACCGCUCGAGUCCCAUCACCGUCAACCAGACAGAUAAGGAGAAAGUGGGAGUGUCAGAUCAAGACCCAGCAGCAGGACUGUCCACCUCCCCCAAAUCCAGCCCCACGUCCAGUUCCACAGGCCAGUCAGGCCUCAGGCAGCCUGGCUCCAAGUACCCUGAUAUUGCCUCUCCUACCUUUCGCAGAUUGUUUGGCACCAAAGCCAGCAGCAAGGCCAGCUCUCCGGGCACGCCCGACUCUGGCAAGUGCCCCUCAAUACUGGGCAGCCCCCACGGCACACUGGCGAGGCAAGCCAGUCUGGACUCGCCCUCCUCUGGCACGGGGAGCCUGGGUAGCGCUGGCGGCCUGAGCGGUGGCAGCAGCCCACUGUACGGUAAAACCCCAGAUCUGUGCACUGACUCCCCGGCCUCCAGCCCGGCCUCUGGCCUCUCCCUGCCCUCCAACGCUCGGCCCUGGCCUGCCUGUAGCUCAUCAGCUGGCAGCAAGGACACACUGAGCUGCCAAAGCAUGACCAGUCUGCACACCAGCUCUGAGUCCAUUGAUAUGCCGCUGGGCCACCAUGGGCCCAAGGUUACACGAACCGGCAGUGUCAAGUCCACCCUGUCUGAGGGCAUGCCUCUUGACAGAAACACACUUCCCAAAAAGGGCCUGAGGUACCCUCCGUCCUCCCGGCAGACGUCCCAUGAGGAAGGGAAGGAGUGGUUGAGGUCUCAUUCAACGGGAGGCCUUCAGGACACUGGUAGUCAGUCUCCACUGUCUCCUCCAGGGGCUUCCUGUACCACCACUGGAAAAUACCACUACUCCAACCUAUUGAGCCCCACCAACAUCAGCCAGUAUAAUCUGCCACCAGGCAGCAGCAGCAUGAGCCGCUCCAACAGCAUCCCUGCCCAGGACUCCUUUGACCUGUACGGCGAAGGUCACCCACUGGGUGGCAGUGCAACCUCCCUGGAGGACAGACCGCGAGCCAUCAGCCGCUCUGGCUCCUUCAGAGACAGCACUGACGAAGUCCAUGGCUCUUCAUUGUCUCUGGUCUCCAGCACAUCAUCAUUGUACUCUGCGACGGAGGAAAAAGCCCACUCAGAGGGCCAAACAGUCCAAAAUUCCACGCAAAUCAGAAAGCUGCGCCGGGAGCUGGACGCCUCUCAGGAGAAGGUGGCGACCCUGACGUCUCAGCUGGCUGCCAACGCUCACCUGGUGGCAGCCUUCGAGAAGAGCCUGAGUAACAUGACCUGCCGCCUGCAGAGCCUCACCAUGACCGCUGAACAAAAGGAAUCUGAGUUGGUUGAGUUGAGGGAAACAAUAGAGACGCUGAAGACUCAGAACACAGAUGCCCAAACAGCUAUCCAGGUGGCACUAAAUGGCCCGGACCACCUCCACAAAGACCUGCGGAUUAGACGGCAGCACUCAUCAGAAAGUAUGUCCAGUAUUAACAGCACAGCCAGUCACUCCAGCAUGGGCAGCUUGGGCAAAGACGCUGAAGACAAGAAGAAGAAGAAGAAGAGCUGGGUGGCUGAUUCCAUCCCAGCUCAGCUCCGCAGCUCCUUCAAGCAGGCGUUCAGCAAGAAGAAAACCAAAUCGCAGUCGGCUCAUGACGAGAUGGAGGAGAUGACUGACUCUCUGCCAUCCUCGCCCAAACUGCAGCAUGACAACAGGCAAGGCAGCGUUGCCACGCUGCGCUCUUCACCCUCUACCACAGACAAGUGCAUUUGCGAUAGCAAGUCCUCUCCCAUUUGGACGCCAAAGAAAAAGCUAAACGGUCAUGUGGUCUACAAGCACAGAUCUCGGCUGUGCGAAUGCACCGAGGCCGAGGCUGAAAUCAUCCUCCAGCUGAAGAACGAGCUAAGGGAGAAAGAGCUCAAGCUGACAGACAUCCGCCUGGAGGCGCUUAGCUCGGCCCACCACUUGGACCAGAUCCGAGAGGCCAUGAACCGCAUGCAGAAUGAGAUUGAGAUUCUGAAAGCGGAAAAUGAUCGUCUCAAGUCCAGCGGUAACGCCACGCCGACAGCCACGCCGGUCAAGACGGCCCGGCCGCCCUCUGAGACCUCCAGCACCUCCUCGUCCUCCUCACGUCAAUCCUUGGGGUUAUCACUCAACAACCUCAACAUCACAGACACCAUCAUGUCAGACAUUCUGCUGGACGACAGCUACGAGGGCAAUCUACGCAAAGAAGGCCGGAGUGUGCGGAUAGUGGUUACCAUCAGCAGUGGGCCAAAUACCACCAAGGGUACACAAAGCCAUGAGUACCUGAUCGGGUCUAUAGGUGUGAGUGGAAAAACCAAGUGGGACGUGCUGGAUGGAGUCAUUCGACGCCUCUUCAAAGAGUAUGUGUUUCGGGUGGAUCCUCUGACCAGUCUGGGUCUCAGCUCAGACAGCAUCGUCUGCUACAGGAUGGGUGAGGUGAUUCGCUCCCACACCUCCGAAGUGCCUGAGCUGCUGCCCUGCGGCUACCUGGUGGGCGACAACAACGUCAUCAAGGUCAACCUGAAAGGUGUGAAGGAGAACAGCAUCGACAGCCUCGUGUUUGAUACGCUCAUCCCAAAGCCCAUCAUCCAGAGGUACCUCAACCUGUUGAUGGAGCACCGUCGGAUCAUCCUCUCAGGACCCAGCGGCACCGGUAAAUCCUUCCUGGCUGCCAAGCUGGCCGAGUACAUCAUUUCCCAGAUGGGGCAGGAGGUGACUGAGCACAACGUGGCCAGCUUCAACGUGGACCAGAACUCCAGCAAGGACCUGCGUCAGUACCUGUCCAACCUGGCAGAGCAGUGUAACUCUGAGGAGACGGACACAGAGCUCCCCACUGUGGUCAUCCUGGACAACCUCCACCACAUCGGCUCCCUCAGCGACAUAUUCAACGGCUUCCUCAACUGCAAGUACCACAAAUGCCCGUAUGUUAUUGGAACCAUGAACCAGGGAGUCUCCUCCUCUCCUAACCUCGAGCUGCACCACAACUUCAGGUGGGUGCUGUGCACCAACCACACCGAGCCAGUCAAAGGUUUCCUGGGCCGAUUCCUGAGGCGGAAGCUGAUAGAGACGGAGAUCGAUAAGAACAUGCGCAGCAAUGACCUGAUUAAGAUCAUUGACUGGAUGCCCAAGACCUGGCAUCACCUCAACAGCUUCCUGGAGGCACACAGCUCCUCAGAUGUCACUAUAGGCCCUCGUCUCUUCCUGUCCUGUCCUAUGGAUGCAGAAGCUUCUCGGGUUUGGUUCACUGACCUGUGGAACUACUCCCUGGUGCCCUACCUGCUGGAGGCUGUCAGGGAAGGACUUCAGCUUUACGGCAAACGAGCCGCGUGGGAGGAUCCAUCCAAGUGGGUGAACGAUACGUAUCCGUGGAACGCUGCCUUCCUGCAGCAGGAGGGCCAGUCGCUGCUCCAGCUCAGGCCGGAGGACGUGGGAUACGACGGCUACAGCUCAUCCAAGGAAGGAGCCUCGUCCAAGCAGGUGUCUCAGAGCGACACCGAGGGAGACCCGCUGAUGAACAUGCUGCUACGGCUGCAGGAGGCAGCUAACUACUCCAGCACGCAGAGCUGCGACAGCGACAGCACGAGUCACCAUGACGACCAGCUGGACUCCUCCCUGGAGUCGGCACUAUGAGACCCAGAGCUGCAUCACCCAGAACCCCCAGAAUCUUUGAACCCCCCAUCGCUAGCAGACACCCCUAUAGCCCACAGAUGUAUGCUAUAUGAAAAGUUCUAUUAUCCAAAUGGUAUACCCACCAUUUGACAGAAAAGGAAUAUUUUUACUUUAAUGAUGGUGCAAUAUUAAACCAAAUUAUUUUAUGUAUACAGAGCAGUCCCCAACUUGGUCCUCAGAAAUGACAAACAGUGACAUGUUGGAUUACUUUACUGAGAUCAAAUCAUUUUUAGUGGAUGUAUAACAUUUUUAGGAUACAACUUUUCAUAUAAGUAGGUGGGGUGUGUCUGAUACAGGACUUUAGUUCCUCUGAAGUUGAUUUCCAAGGACUGAAUCACGUUUUGUGCUCAGCCCUGAUGAGCCACAGUUCAUGCCGUUAAAGUAACGUUGGAUCUCAAAAAGGAAGCCAAGAGUCUGACGUGACAAAACUGGAUUUUUUAUUUAGCCAGUUAUAUCUUCACAUGUUUACAUUGGGGGGGGCAGGUUCUGUUGUUUAUGUCUUUCCUUGUUUACAGAGGUGCUUCUCAUAGACACAUACACUCAUAGAAAUGCACUUACACAGGCAGGAGGAGGAGACUCUCCUUUAAUCGGAGACUUAUUAAUCGGUUCAGUCCCUCAGUCGAGUAACAAUCCAGCCUGCUAGAGUGUCCUCGAGCAAGGAACUGUCUAGGGAGGCAAGUGAGAGGAGGAUACUGUAGAGUUUUCAGGUGAUGUCACGCCCUCUGGUGCUCACAGUGAAUGUUUCAUCACAGAUCAUCAGAUUAAUUUCAUGUUUGCUGUAGUUUACUGAACUGAGUAAAGGAUACUUCUUUUUGCCUCACUGUUUACCACUAUAUCACCCUUUUUUGCCAUCUGAUGGUCGAUUUACAUUUGUGAGGCCUUUACAGCCCAACUAGGAUUUACAGCAUUCUAACACACACACUCCUCCUGCCCUCAGCUCAGUGGUCAGUUGAGCCUCAUGGUGCUGGUCUCCUGCCCUGAACCUCGUCAGUGUCAGGCACUGCCAAGCCGCUCCUCGCUGCCCCUCAUGCCAACAACAAGCACAACGAAUGCGCAUUGUCUGUGUGUCAUCCAGCUACACUGCUACUGUGAAGAAAACAUGGAAAAGUGCCAAUGUUUCCCUUUGAUUCGACUGCCAAAUGCGCACACCCACAGACUUUACAUCACAAUGCAGAGCUGACCACGGCUGUAGACUUAGAUUAAGUUGUUCCCGGCCGUCCACACAGCACGGCUUGCCGUCGUUCUUUAGCUUUGAACGCACCGUGAGAGCAGCAGGCGGCGCCCUCUGUGGCUCGUCACGGGAAUAGCCGGAUUUCUUUUGGCGUUUGUUUCAAGCAGCAUAGAGAGCCACACGGUUUGCUGCAACAGGCAAAUUCAGAAGGUGACGGGAAAGCACCAAACGGACUCAGAGUGAAAUAUUAAAGUGAGCGUUCAGAGACUUCCUGGCCCUCGAUAGACGUUCUAGUCCAGCAUCUGCAUCCAUCUGUGUCCAUGAGGUACCAAAAUCAAAAGUAUUGCCUCUUUAUACACGAUCAGCCAAAGAGCUGAAUAAGGGAACAAUGACAUUGGUGCUUUCUCACUGCCUUAAAUGUGCAAAUGUUUUUGAAGCAUCCUCUGCUCCCAUUGGUUGGAGUGAGAAGAAGAGAAGCUAAUGUCAGAUGAUGAUGAUGAUGAUCUGCUUCCUGCUACGUCAAAGAUGCUGCUUGUAGUCGGAAAAAACAGCCACUUUUGUUUGUCCUCUCUCCCUCCUCCUUCCUCUAAAGCACCCUUUCUUCUUUCUGACAGUUAGAGUAUAACAGAGUUGAUGCUGUAUUUGAAAUUUAAACUGACCAAUAUCGUAAAAAAAAAAAAAGAAACAGUUUAAAACAUAAAUGGGGGUGGGGUAUUUUUUAGUUGUUAUUUUGCGCCCAGUUGAGCUGGGCUCACUUGAACUGACAGGAGCACAACCAAACUGUUUAGGGUUUUCUAGUCUGAUGAGCAUGUUUUGAAGCUUUUUAAAGGGGAUGCAUUAAGAAGCGACCUUUACCUUUAUGUAUGCGUGUAUUGGACGGAAGCCAUUUUGAAUUUUGAUUGUCCUCUCUUUGUUUAACGAGUGGGUUGGUUUUGCACACUUUGAGGUCGGGGUGGGUUGUAAAUACUUAAGUCUUGCACAGUGAAUCAAAGAUGCAUUCUGCCCUGUUGAUGUUACAAUAUGCUUAACCUGCUGAGUAAAUUAUUGUACUUUGAAAACAGAGAGAAAAAAAAUAACUAAUGCAACAACUCUACACGCUGUCAGAAACAGGUGUGCGUCUUGUGGUGAUUGGAUGUUUUGCCUAUGCAGGAAGCAUACGGUGUACAGUCAGAAACAGUUUUGUAUCUCACUAAAAAUCACAACCUGAGAAAAAAAAGAGGCACUUCUCCAGUAUUCCUCAUCCUGCCAUGAUAUUCUCUGGACCCGCUCUGUCUUUAGGAAUGCCCGUUGCUCCUUAGAAGCACCUCCUCUCUGGACGUUCUGACCCGAGCUUACCGCCACGUUAGUCUUGCUAGCUGUCCGAGGCACUGAAGCUGACCUGACACCGUACUGUAUACAUUUACCAACAAUCCUACAGGUGCUACUGGUCAAUUAAAACCCGUCAGAGACCAAGAAGUCAUGUUGUCACAACCUCAGGACAAUCCUCUCCUCUACAAUCCUACCUGUGUUCAGCUUCACACGUGUCUCAGCAGCCAAGCCUCUGAUGGUUCACACAGAUUUCCGGCCACCUCGCGUCUGCAAGGGUGUGUAGUUGCAUGCUAAGGGGGUAGUUACCGUGGUUACAGGUCGCUCCUCACCUAGACCCAUGUAUCAAACCUAUCUACACUCCUGUUGUAGGCCAUUAGUCCCCAAGCUAGCCGAGCUUUGACACCGUUAACAGUGUACACCAUAGUGUUGAUGAUCAACUGGUAAUUUUUCCCACUUACACUUUGCAGUUACAUCUCAGUUGAAAACCAUAGCAUUUACUCUGGUUUGAGAGAAAGUUUUUCUUCUUUUUGGGUGAAACAUUUGUCCUUAAAUGUUUUAUAUUUUGUACAUUUGUAUGUAACAUAUCAUGUAAAUAGACAGAGACAGUGAUUUAACUCAUCUGGAGGAUUUUGUAGUCUUUGUAAAGCCCUAAUAAAUGGUAUUUGGUGUCACACAAGCAAACGG